AUGAAUAGAGUUGCUCCUGCUUGCGGAUGUCCUAUUCAUCAUUAUGAUAACUUAAAUCAAUAAUUAACAUGUUUAGCAUGUUCUGUUAUAUCUGUUGGAUGUUCUACUUGUGAUAAUAAAACUUGCUAAGCAUGUUUACCAUCACAUUUUUUAGAUGGAAAUUCAUAUGUAAUGGCCUGUCCUGCAGGUAAAUGGGGAAAUACGGCAAACAGAUAAUGUACAGCUUGUUUAGCUAAAUGUGUAACUUGUUCUAAUGACAUUACCUGUGAUACUUGUUUUGAGAAUAGGGUUCCUUAAUAAUGUAAUUGUCCUUAAUAUUCCUUAAUAAUGUAAUUGUCCUUAAUAUUCUUAUGA